CAACAAUCACCACAACAACAUCUUUACAACAAAAUCAUGUCGGCUGACUUACUUCUGCAGGCUCGGUCUCUACGGGGACGUACGGUCACCAACGAGAAUGACGAAAACGCGGGUUCGAUGCGCGUAACACGCGCCAAAGCAGCUGCCGCUCCCAUCGAUGUUGCCGAUGUACCAAAGAAGACUGUCACCAAGCGAGCAACCGGCACCAACGGGACAACCCAAGCUAAACGAAAUGCCCUGGUCGAUGUCAGCAACGUGAACAAGACGGAGGAUGUUACCUCAAAGAAUGGCAAAAAGCCUGCCGCUUCCAAGCCAUCAGUUCGGCAAUCCGCUCAUCCCCCUGGCGUGCAGAAGCCUUCGACCAAGUCUCGGUCGACAACUACCACGCGCAACACAAACUCAGACCUGAAGAAGCGCACUGCGCCUGCUAGCGGCUCCGGUGUCUCUGUGAAACGUCCCAAAACAACAACCACCACUACCACUAAGGUGGUCAAGGAAGAGGUCCAGACCCUGAAAGAAGAGGAAGAAGGAUUAGAUGACUUGGAAAACAUUGUCCCUCCCACCGAUCCAGUUGUUUCCCACAAGGACGCGCCUCCCACGAAGAAAGAAGCGCCCGCGAAAGCUGAAACCUUUGCCCCGGCAUUGGCUGUACCCGACCUUGACAUUGAAGAUCGCGAUGACCCGCUUAUGGUAUCAGAGUAUGUGGUUGAAAUUUUCGAAUAUCUGAAGAAGCUCGAAAUAUCCACCAUGGCCAACCCGGACUACAUGGAUAACCAGAACGAGCUUGAAUGGAAAAUGCGCGGUAUUCUUGUGGACUGGCUCCUGGAAGUGCACACUCGCUUCCGUCUUCUCCCCGAGACCCUGUUCCUCGCGGUCAACAUCAUUGAUCGUUUUCUGUCCGCCAAGGUUGUCCAGCUGGAUCGCCUGCAACUUGUUGGUGUCACGGCCAUGUUCAUCGCUUCCAAGUACGAGGAAGUUCUAUCUCCCCACGUCCAGAACUUCAUUCAUGUGGCCGAUGAUGGUUUCACCGAGGACGAGAUUUUGAGUGCGGAGCGAUUCGUUCUUAGUGCUCUUAACUACGAUUUGAGCUACCCCAACCCUAUGAACUUUCUGCGUCGCAUAUCCAAAGCCGACAACUAUGACAUUCAGACACGCACUCUCGGCAAAUAUCUUCUAGAGAUAGGAUGUCUAGACCACCGUUUUAUUGGCCACCCUCCUAGUCAAGUUGCUGCUGCUGCCAUGUAUUUGGCACGUCAUGUGCUCGAGCGCGGCCCUUGGGACGAUACUCUAGCUCACUAUGCAGGCUACUCGGAGGAUGAAAUCCAGCCUGUUUUCCAUUUGAUGAUCGACUAUCUCUCUGCCCCUGUCGCUCACGAAGCCUUCUUCAAGAAGUACGCCAGCAAAAAGUUCAUGAAGGCUUCUAUUGUCUUGAGACGGUGGAGCAAAGAUUAUGUCAGCACAUAUGGCAAUUUGCUUGCGGAUGCCACUGAAUCGGAAGGUUAA